ACAAAGACGGGAGAGAGACGGAGAGACACUGGGGAGAGCAGGCCAGAGUGGGGGACAGAGUGCGGACAUCCUGAAAGACAGACAGACAGACAGCGGCCACAGUGGGAAGGGCGUGGGGACAGGAGCGGGGUGCCGGGGACCAACAGACAGGCGGGGAGACCCACCCCGAGGCCCGGGAGCUAGAACAAGGGCAAGACAGAGACAGGGAGGUGUGGAGAGAGGGGACCAGACAGGCAGGGAAGUCUCUGGGCUCGGACGCAGAGGGGCACGGAGGCAGACCCUUCCGAUGAGCUCCAGGCCUUGGCUCUGCUCAGGGGUGCAGUGGAGCUCGGUGGGCGUGCUGCUUUUGGGGAGCCCAGACCAGGGGCGCUUGCCCGAGGGCCAGCUGACACCAGGUCACCCUGAGAUGGAGCUCAGGGACCCCGAGAACCAGGAGGAUGGGGACCCGGAGGAGGACACAGCCACGGCCCUCCAGAGGCUCGUGGAGCUGACGGCCACCAGGGUGACCCCAGUGAGGAAUCUGCGUGUCCAGUAUCACCUCAUCCGAAAGCUUGGCUCCGGCUCCUACGGCCACGUGCUCCUUGCCCGGCCUCGCCAAGGGGGUCCGGCUGUGGCUCUGAAGCUCCUACCUCGGGACUCGGUCCUGAGAACCACCUUCCUGAGAGAGUUCUGCGUGGGCCGCUGUGUCUCAUCACAUCCAGGCCUGCUCCAGACCCUGGCAGGACCCCUGGAGAGCCCCCGACACUUCGCCUUCGCCCAGGAGUACGCGCCCUGUGGGGAUCUCAGCGGGAUGCUGCAGGAACGGGGCCUCCCAGAGCUGCAGGUGAAGCGGGUGGUGGCCCAGCUAGCUGGAGCCCUGGACUUCCUCCAUGGCCGGGGGCUGGUCCACGCGGACGUCAAGCCAGACAACGUGCUGGUCUUCGACCCUGUCUGCAGCCGCGUGGCCCUGGGUGACCUGGGUCUGACCCGGCCUGAGGGCAGUCCAACCUCUGCUCCGCCAGGGCCACUGCCCUCAGCGCCCCCCGAGCUCUGCCUCCUGCUGCCCCCGGAUACCCUGCCCCUGCGACCAGCAAUGGACUCCUGGGGGCUGGGGGUGCUUCUCUUCUGUGCGGCCAUCGCCUGCUUCCCUUGGGGCGUGGCGCUAGCCCCUGACCCUGACUUCGAGGCCUUUGCUGGCUGGAUGACCACCAGGCCCCAGCCACUUCAACCACCGCCGCCGUGGGACCAGUUUGCGUCCCCGGCUCUGGCACUGCUCCAGGGGCUUCUGGACCUGGAUCACGAGACUAGGAGCCCCCCACUGGCUGUCCUGGACUUCCUGGGGGAUGAUUGGGGGUUAAAGGAGAACAAAGAGAGACCUGGGGGCUUGGGGAGUCUGUCCAGUGAAGAUGGGGAGGAGGAGGAGGGGGGAGCAAGCCUGGAAGAGUGGUCAGAGGAGGAGGAGGGUGAUGACAAAGACGCUGGGAGGGUGGGGACAGAUGGGGGGGCCUGACCAGGUGCCUGGGACAGGCGCCCGGGGCUCGGGCCAAAGGGCCCUCCCCCAGCCCCCGUGGCCACCUGGAUGGAGAGACAGCUGCUCCCGGAGGACGGAGAUGGAACACAUUGCUUCUCUCCAACUGAAGGCUGGACUUGUAUGCACAAUUCCCCUCCCGACUGAGGACCCGGGAGUCCGGAACCCCCAGUGACUCCUCCCUCAGACCCAGGAUCCAGGCCCCCAGCCCCUCCUCCCUCAGACCCAGGGGUCCAGGCCUCCAGCCCCUCCCCCCUCAGACCCAGGGGUCCAGGCCUCCAGCCCCUCCUCCCUCAGACCCAGGGGUCCAGACCCCUCCUCCCUCAAGGACCCUUCCUCUCCCUUCUGUCCUGAACGUGUCUUCUUGAAGGAAGGUGCUGUUUCUCUGUAGGUGCAUUUCUGCACGGUGGGGACAUGUUGGGUGCUUAUGGACCUGUGAUGUGGUCACUCCUCUCCUUUAAGACCUUAGGUGACUCCUGCUGGCCUUGGCACCAAAUCUCGGCUUUCCAUAUCCAACACCAUGGAAACCUUGCCUUCCAUCCCUCCCACUUCCCUGGGCUCUGGGGGACAUUAAGGGAGGCACUCAUCCUUUCUGGACCUAAAUCGACACACAGACAGGCACACACACACCCUCUCUUGCCUGCAGACGUUUGGAAACCCUGUGUUCUCCCCCGAGAAUGCCUUCUUCCCAACUCCAGGCCUCCAGAGAGUAGACCCCGCCCCGGGGGCCUCUCCGGCUCCUCCGAAACUUGUAGCCCAGCGAUCUGCGCCGCCACCUUUUCCAUCUGCCCUCGCAGGCUGCCCAGGAUGGACUUGGCCUUGUUCACCUGACAUCCUUUCGGGUUCCGCUCUCACAUGGCGAGCCUCUCGCGCCAGCUCCCUGAGAGCACGAGCACCGUGGCGUGUGCUGGUCCCGUCCACGCUGAGGGCCACGGCUGGUUUGCAGGGAUCUUGCGUUCACCCGGGCCGGCCUGGUGCCACCCCCAUCCCCGCACACAGACCGCUGACUUGUGAAGCCUUCCCGCCUGCAGGGCAGGGACUGCGUGGAUCCGAGGCCGCACCCCCCGCACCCAGCACACUCGUGGGGACCUGCUUCUUUCUGGGGAACCUGUCCUACGUGCUUUCUCGAUUUAAAAACGUGAGGUCGCUCCAUACAGCGGGGUGCCCUGGAUUGGACCCCGGGGCAGGUAAAGGUUGUUGGUGGGCAUGAGAAGCGUCUAGCGUUUGACUGUUACUGUCUUCAUCUGGACAAACGCACCGAUGGCUGGGUGAGGGAUUCAGCCGGCAGGGAGCUAGGUGAGGCGACAUGGGAGCUCAAGGCAGCUGUCCUGUACAUCUAAAAAUGAUUCUGAAAUAAAAAGUAAAUUUAAAAAGAAUCAAGUGAGUUCACAUUGAUCAUCUUGCUCUAAACCUGAGGGGGUGGGUGCAACCCUCCAGGAUGCCGCCGCUGCCUCCU